UGCAGAGUUCAACGAUGUCUAGACAGUCAACGAACGCGGACAUGGUGUCACAACUGCAACUAGGAAUACUGCCCGAACCCCCGUCCGAGGCCACACCAUCUCUACCUAUGAGUCCCGUGCAUGUCGACCUCAUCAUGAAUGCUUCAGAACUAGACGAACUGAUGGACGUCUGUGACAAUCUCGGUCUCAGCACUGAUAACUGUGACGACAUUUCCUCGAUUCAGAAUCAACUUCUUGAACAUUUCGGGCAGACCUACCGUCUUCCUCCACCAGUGCCUGCACCGAUUUCGGUAGCUCAGUCGGUGCUCAAGGACUUUGCUGUUACGAGGAAGGAAUUCCUACGGCUUGUCAAGGCGACGGAAGGAUUUCUUUACGACGUACACGCUCACGGAUGGUUUUCUAAACUUCACAUCACGGACAACCAAAUGUGGUUGAAGCGUGAAGAUUUUCAAAACGCUGUCGACCACUGUACCAAGCGACCAAUGCUGCUAAUUGCAGGUAGUACUUCUGCUGGCAAGAGCACUUUGCUCAAUGCAUUGCUUGGAGAGCCCAUCCUUCCAGUAGACUACAAUGCCACUACCUCAGUGCUUUGUGAGAUUGUAUACGGCGAGAAAAAGGAAGCUGUCCUUCAUGUGCACAAUGGUCAAGAACUAACAAUUGAUCUCACUACAGACGAAGGCCAGAAAAACUUCGUUAAAGCUGUAGCUCCUAAAACCAUGAAAUGUAGUAGACGUUGGAAAGAAGAAGAUAUCAGUUAUGACAAUGUUCAGUGCACAAGGGUUACAAUUUCUUGGCCUAAUGAGCAUCUCCGAGAUUUUACGUUGAUUGACAGUCCGGGUGUAACUGAACAGGAAUUGGAAGAUUCAAUUGCGAGGCAGAUUACCCAGCAGUGUCAGCGUAGUGCUGCCUGUGGCUUUGUCUACGUCUUGGAUGGUGGUCGAUCAGCAGAAGAGACAGCGCAAGCUGGCGGUCUCCUGAAAGCAUACUGGAAAGGAGUUACAGAUUUCCAUUUGCCUGAGUGCGCAAUAUUUGUUGUAAACAAGUGGGAUAUGGUUCCUGAAGACAGCAGAAAAUCAUAUUUGGCUCUUGCAGCUAAAGGAAUCAGAGCUCGCUGGCCAGGAUUUAGAAAAUGUCAAUUGUUAACAAUGAAUGCAAAACAAGCAGCGCUGUUUCACCAACAUGGGAGAAUAACUCCAGACCUACAAGCCCUCUGCAACUCCAUCAAGAGAAUGAUUCCAAAAGCUUUCCAAAACAUCGUGGAAAAAUCACUCAGAAAACCGUACGCUUUAAUGCGUUAUGUCGAGCAAGUAUUGGAAAUGACAAUCAGACAGCUGCGACUGCCCAUUGACGAGCGAGAAGAAAGACAAGCUGAGCACUGGGGAGAAUUGAACGCCGUGGAGGUGUCACUAGAAAGUGGACAUUUGCGUGAAAUGAGAAGAGAAUUGGACGACAAGAUGCUUAACGUUGCACAAAAGCUCUUCCAAUACUUCCGGUCAGCAGAAGGCCGCACAAAUAUCCUCAAUUGGAAGAAAUCAUCUCAGCUUUCUGAAUCGCAGAAGUCAUAUUAUGAUGACAAAAACGUACAAGAGUUUCUGAUCGACCGUAUUGUUGAUGCACUAAUUGGAUUCAAAGAUUUUGAGGGUCUUCGUGAUUGGGCAAAUACUACGUUUGCUGCAGACGUCCUGGAGGGAGUAAUCAUGGUGAACAAGCUGGAUCUGAAUAUUAGUGGUGGCCAUACGUCUGGUGGAGACAUCUCCACCAGAGAAGACAGCCUAGCUGUAGAUGAUGAUGAUGAUGAUGAUGAUGAUGAUGAUGAUGACAGCCUUUCUGCUACGGAAAUAGCUGGGGUUAUUGCCGUAGGAGUGCCGUUGGUACUGGUGGCCGUGCCCAUAGCACUUGCCAUUGGGGUUCUUGUCUGUCCUGUGCUUGCAGCAUUUCAGUUGUUUAAGACUAUCAAGGGCAUGAAUUUCAAAUCGGCCGUAGAGAGAGCGUACGACGCGUUGAUGCAAGACUUCGAUUCGAGUUGUCUACCUACAAUGGUCGCUCUAUCGCUCGAAACUCUCUGCCCGUCUGUGAAAGUAGUCCGAAAAUAUAUUCCCGAACAAGUCGAGAAGCUCCGCCAACAGCUCACUGCCCGUGAAGAGCAGGAAACCGGUCACAUCCCUCAGUAUAAAGAUUUACUGCGCAGGUGCAAAGACUUAAACGGCGAGUUGUCCUACUUUAUGUUACGAUUAAGUAGCCACCGUUUCAACGGCAGUGAUAUCGAGUGGCUGCAGAAGACAGGAGAAAGAGCCAAAGAAAGUUUCCACGUUGUUCACAAGGUCACCACCGCCGAAAUAAAAGAAGCCGCGCUGAAAACAUUGAAGCACCCCAUUACAAAGGAAACAGCCAACGAUUUCAAAAAAGAGCUGGACAUUUACAAGAAAUGCAGUCAUCCCAACAUUCUUAAGUUCUAUGGAUCAGUUGAGCUGGGACUAAACUCCCUCGAGUUAGGAUUGCUGUACGAGUGGUGUGGUGGUGGAACCCUGGCCGAUUUUAUUACCGACGCCAAACGAGAAUCAGCACGUAAACCACAAGGGUUUUCAACAGUCCGAGAUCUUGCUCUGGGUAUGGUCAGUGGGAUCAAGUACCUGCACGGAAACGCCAUCAUUCAUCGAAAUCUGGAGCCCGAAAAUGUUCUGAUAACGGACCGGAAAGAGAUACGUCUUGCAGAUAUGGGUCUGGCCGCGUCCGUCCGAGAAGAAACGGGUACCAUAUGCGGAACGCCAGCCUACAUGGCGCCUGAAAUGAUGGACGAAAUACCGUACACUUGUUCGGUCGAUAUGUUUAGCGUUGGUAUCAUCCUGUGGGAAAUGUGGCAGGGCCAGAGGGCGCAGUCGUGUUACACAGAGAAAGAUCUCUCGAUUGCGGAAUUCUGGAUGCAGAUGCAGGAGGGAGUACUUCGUCCUGGGAAUGGGAAGUUUGCUGGUGAAGAGAUCUCGGAUUGGUCGAGUGACGAAUUAGACGUUGUCUCGAAUCGAGAUAGAGCUAAAGCGUGGGCAAGUCUGGCUAAAGAUUGCUGGUCUUCUGUGCCUGCAGUUCGUCCAUCAGCAGAUGACGCAUACGCCAUGCUGACUGCUUUUCGUCUGGACUAACAGACUGGCUGCGUGAAAUGCUCACGCGAGUCGUUCGUACUAGAAUAAUUGCAGACGUGGUGUAGACAUGGCAUAGUAGAAGGAAGUAUGGGCGAUUGCAUGAACGUGAUUACUUGCUAUUUGCUUUGUAUAAGUUAAUCAAUUAAUCUUUUGCAACCUGCUUUGUAAGCCCACAUGCUGUAAAUUCUUAUGUAGUGUUUUUGUAUUUUGGACAUUUUUGGUGCAAUUCUUGCCAUCAUGUGGCAUAUCAAGAGAUACUUGC